AUGGACGACCCUAGACGGGCAACGCCUGCAACAGACGACCCUGGACGGUCAACGCCUGCAACAGACGACCCUAGACGGGCAACGCCUGCAACAGGCGACCCUAGACGGGCGACGUCUGCAACAGACGACCCUAGACGGGCAACCCCUGCAACUGACGACCCUAGACGGGCGACCCCUGCAACAGACGACCCUAGACGGGCAACGUCUGCAACAGACGACCCUAGACGGGCAACGUUUGCAACAGACGACCCUAGACGGGCAACAUCUGCAACAGACGACCCUAGACGGGCAACAUCUGCAACAGACGACCCUAGACGGGCAACGUCUGCAACAGACGACCCUAGACGGGCUAGAACACCUGCAACAGACGACCCUAGACGGGCAACAUCUGCAAUGGACGACCCUAGACGGGCAACGUUUGCAACAGACGACCCUAGACGGGCAACAUCUGCAACAGACGACCCUAGACGGGCAACGUCUGCAACAGACGACCCUAGACGGGCGACGUCUGCAACAGACGACCCUAGACGGGCAACACCUGCAAUGGACGACCCUAGACGGGCGACGUCUGCAACAGACGACCCUAGACGGGCAACCCCUGCAACUGACGAACCUAGACGGGCGACCCCUGCAACAGACGACUCUAGACGGGCAACGCACACAACAGACGACUCUAGACGGGCGACGUCUGCAACAGGCGACCCUAGACGGGCAACGCCUGAAACAGACGACCCUAGACGGGCAAUAGCCAGCGGGAGGGGACUUCAGGGAGGCUUCAACAACCCGGCCUCUUACAAAUUACGACGCUUUACGCUCGUUCUUGUGGACUCUUUAAAAUCCUUGAGAAUUCAUGCAUAA